UCCGCCUCCAUCUUCCUCCUGCUACCUCACCAUCCAAAGUAGCUCGCCCUUCUCUUCUCCAUCCACCUAACACCACCAAAGCGCUGCUCUCUUCUUCUUGGCCGUGGUGGCUGCAGCUGGCCAGCCACUUCCCGGCUGUGUUUGCUGCAACGGCUGGGGCGGUGGCAGCCUGCUCGUCGGCGCACGGGGGCCGGGGUGGAGUCCCCGUGCCGUGGUGGUGGAGCCCCUCCCGGUGGCUGGCUGGGGGCAACGGGGCCGGUGUGCAGUGGCUCGGUUGCUCGCCAGAUCUGACGGCCGGCCAGCACGUGCGGGGGCUAGCUGGGGCGUCUGUGGCGAAGGCGCGAAGUUACAUGGUUUUCUAAAAAAAAAAAUACCACACCUACACAUCUGCAUAUAGCCCUCCCGGUCGUUCAAGUUUCUUUCUUGAUCAAUAAGCCUUCCUACCUGAAAUAUUUUUUCUUUUCUUGUCCUGAAACGUUCCGUACUCGUCUCCACAUAUAGAAGGCGGCUGAAUCAAACAAAACAAAUCGAGGAGAGAUCCGAUCCGAUCGGGAUCGGCCAUGGCGACGUCCAUGCUUCGAUCUGCCCUCGCGCUCCGGCGAUCGGCAAGUCUGAGGCUUCCGGCUCGCAUCCCCUUGAGCUCUGCGUCGGCUGUAUCCUUCAGCAGCAACACCGCCUCCUCCGGCAAGAGUGAGGACGCCGGCGGCCGGUCUGAGAAGCGUCAAACCGAUAAGAAAGAUGACCAGUCAACUGGAGCAAGGAGGCGACGCAAACAAAACGGACAUGGCAUCUCCCGAAGCCUGCUUGAUGAGUUUGAUGAUUCUGAUUGGGAGAUGGCGGCGCUUUUGGACGACGACAAGCCUCCCCGAGGAUCUUCCACUGGAUCAGACUCUACUAAGGACUCCUCCUCCUCCUCCUCCUCCUCCUCUGCGGCGGCAGAGUCGGACGUGUCCUCGCCAUCGUUAGGGGGCUUCUGGGACUCCGAAAGCUCUUCAUCGUGGGGUUCGGGAGGAGGGGACUCGUGGUCCGGAGGAGGGGGCUUCUUGGGAGACUAGCUACAUGCUAGAUACUCCUGUGAGUCUUAGCAAGUUUUUCCCAGUUUAAUUCGUCGGACUAUAAACCAAGUGAACUUUUUGUGUAGUGAUUCCUUUUUGCAACAUUUUGUAGGAGAGCCAAAAUGAUUCCCGUA